AUGAUCGGACAGAAGACGCUGCUCUCCUUUUUUUCGGCCGGGCCCGGCAAGAAGCGGAGCCGCUCGCCGGAACCGGGCAAGACCGCUGAGUUAUUGUGGUUCUUGUUUUGGUCCCCGCUCAUGGCUGUUUCUGCCCGAGCUCUGGCCUCCCUGACGCAGCUUCCUUUGUCCUCUCCUUCCCUCCUGUUCCAUGGAUUCUUCCUUGGUUUUUUCCAGGCCUGCUCUCCCAAGAGGUCAAAGUCUGAUACCUCCUCCCCGCGGUCUCCUCCUCUGAGCCCGGAGCAGCUAGAACGGAUCCGCAGGAACAAAGAGGCGGCGUUGCAAAGACUCGCUGCCCGCGCUAACAGCCUCGUCCCCUCGGAAAUCGGGCACAGCUGGAGGGUCUCGCUGACUGGGGAGUUCUCCAAGCCCUAUUUCUCCCAGCUAAUGGCCUUUAUUGCUGAAGAGCGCAAGCGUUACUCUGUCUACCCACCCCCACAUCAAGUCUUCACCUGGACCCAGUUGUGCGAUAUCCAUGAUGUGAAAGUUGUCAUCUUGGGCCAGGACCCUUAUCAUGGGCCCAGUCAAGCGCAUGGCCUCUGCUUCAGCGUCCAGAGGCCAGUGCCGCCUCCCCCCAGCCUAGAAAAUAUUUACAAAGAGCUUGAGACAGACGUGGAAGACUUUUCUCAUCCAGGCCACGGAGACUUGACAGGAUGGGCCAAACAAGGAGUCCUUUUGCUCAAUGCUGUCCUCACAGUUCGAGCGCACCAAGCCAAUUCUCACAAGGAGAAGGGGUGGGAGCAGUUCACAGAUGCGGUGGUGUCCUGGCUGAACAAAAACCUGGACGGGCUAGUCUUCAUGCUUUGGGGAGCCUAUGCUCAGAAGAAAGGCAGCACUAUCGACCAAAAACGUCACCAUGUCUUGAGGACGGUCCACCCUUCACCCCUUUCUGUGCACAGAGGCUUCUUUGGCUGUAAGCAUUUCUCCAAAACAAAUGAAUUGCUGCAAAAAUCUGGGAAGGAGCCCAUUGACUGGAGAGCGCUUUGA